CAAGCUCCGGCUCUCCCAAGCUUGCGUUGCUCCUUGCGCGCUCGCGAUCUCUUCCUCGGUCUCCCCCCCCUUCCCCUCCCCCCAAGCAUGGAGCGAGCACUACGCGUGACACGCCCUGCUGGGCUUUUGGCGGCUCGUUGCUCGCCCGUCUUGUCCUCAACGCGCACAUCGCUUCGGCUCUGGCAGCAGCAGCAGCAGCACUGCAGUGGUCCAACCACCACCCCGCAACAUACCGGCUUCAUCCCCUCCUUCCAGCAUGGCCGCCUAAGCACGGUGCGUUCCAACCACACGGACGCCCAGAACAGUGGCCAAGAGAACACGCAGGCGGCCACCGCGGCGGAAGGCCAGAAGGGUGGUGAUGUGAAGGUUCCUGAGGGUGCCCAGACGGGCGAUGUCCAGGCUGGAGAUCGUCCCGGGGGAGACAGGUCCAACAAGACAUCCGCGAAAGGCAAGGCGACGACGACGAAGAAGAAGAAGAAGCAGCCCAAGAAGCCGGAGCGUUUCACCAGGAUGAAGAACGACGCCGGCGUCGUCGAGUUCAAUAGCCAGAAGUUGAAGUUCCGCUGGUGGGACACCCCUUCGAACCCCGACCUCGUCCUCUCGCCGCUCUGGCUUCGCGACUCGUGCCCGUGCCACCUCUGCGUCGACCCGGACUCGGGCCAGAAGAACUUCUCGACCACCGAGCUCCGUGACCGCCCGGUGAUCGAAUCCGCACAGGUCACCGCCGACCGCACUCUCGAGAUCGUCUGGGCCAACGACCCCCCCAGCGGCGGCGCCUCGCACAAGUCCGUCUUCCCCGCCGAGGAGGUCAAGGAGUGGCUGAUGGACGACAAGUGGCAGCGGGGGCGCGUCGUCCCCCGCGACCCGGAGAGGAUCCUCUGGGACAAGGCCCAGUACGAGGCGCUCCUGGCCGAGGGCCGCUGCCGCGUCAGCUACAAGGACUGGCUGAGCGACGAGCCCGCCUUCUGGGACGCCCUGCUCGACCUCCGCCAGACCGGCCUGAUCAUCAUCACCGACGUGCCGUCGGACGAGGCCGCGGUCGAGCGGAUCGCCAACCGCGUCGGCCCCAUCCAGGAGACCUUUUACGGGCGCACCUGGGACGUCAGGGCGAAGCCCCAGGCCGAGAACGUGGCCUACACGGACAAGUUCCUCGGCCUGCACCAGGACCUCCUGUACUACGACCCCGUGCCCGGCCUGCAGAUGCUGCACUGCCUGUCCAACAGCUGCGAGGGCGGCGAGUCGCUCUUCAGCCACGGCGUGCGCGCCGCCUACGAGCUGCGGCUCAAGGACCCCGCGGCGUACAAGCGCCUGGCCGAGCUCAGCGUCUGGUUCGGCUACCGCAAGGGCGACAACCACUACUUCGCCACCCGGCAGACCAUCAAGCAGGGCGCCAAGGGCAUCCCGAGCGAGGUCCGGUGGGCCCCGCCGUUCCAGGCGACCUUCAAGCUGGCGUCGGGCCCGUCGCGCGGCCGGAACCUGUACCAGUGGAAGCGCGCCGCCAACAGGUUCCAGGCCAUCCUCGAGGACGACCACAACGUGGUCAAGUUCAAGCUCAAGGAGGGCGAGUGCGUCAUCUUUGACAACCGCACCGUCCUCCACGGCCGCCGCCAGUUCAAGACGGGCUCCGCCGGCAGCCGCUGGCUCAAGGGCACCUACGUGUCCUACCAGAGCUACCUCGCCGCCGCCACCCGCCUGGCCGAACACCUCGAGGCCGGCGGCAUCCAGCUGCCCCUGGCCCGGGCCACGUGGGUCGAGCAGGAGAAGGUCAAGCAGAGCCUGCAGGAGCGGAAGCGCGCCGAUUUCGAACAAGUGUUUUCGGAGAAGAAGAAGAAGUCGGAGCCCGUUCCCGAGCCGUCGCCAAUACCCGCCGCGAAGUCGGCGGGGGCUGCCGAGACGACGAACUCGGAGCCAACGCAACCCAAGCAAUAAAGUGUUCUUCUUUAGCGGCCUAGUAUUUGCGCUGUGGCGUGGAGUGAAAGGCCUGGAGGUUACGAGCCUAGAGCCGCGGGUGUGGUGCCUUUGCGUCAAUCGGGGCGAGUUCUACUCCGCACCAGCACCUCCCCGGCCCCCUUUUCCCUCGCUGUUCUAAUUGCAAGGUUUUACCCCUGUACAUAUACAAUAAAAUACUGUGCAAAUGCCAAAAAAAAAGCUCCUUUCUCUUCUCCCUGGAGCAUGUCAUUACGUGUUCAGCACUUCACAGCGAGCGAGCCGGGGGAAACACAAUAGUCGUUGGGCCGGGACAGCAAGAGUGUAUUUAUCAAACUACCGAUCCCGGCAUCUCCUUCCUCUGUGUCUCUUCUCCGCGCUUAGGCAGCAAUCGUGACCUCAACCUCGACACCGGCCUCGAUGUUGAUGAUGAUCUGCUUGACGAUCUCAGUAGGAGCAGUCAAGUCGAUCAGGCGCUUGUGAAUGCGCAUCUCGUACGAGUCCCAGGUCUUGGAACCCUCACCGCAGGGGGUCUUGCGGGUCUGUUUGGUGGCCGGCCUCCGGUCAGCUUCACGCCUCUCAAAUGUCCGAUUUCGACAGGGAGUGGGGAUGGUAACACACCGUGAUCUUGAGCCUCUUGGUGGGCAGACGGACGGGGCCCUUGGCGCGGAGGUCCUUGUUCUUGGCGCGCUCAAUGAGCUCCUGGCAAACCUUCUCGAGGGCCUGCACCUUGCGGGAGGUCAGGGUGAUGCCUGCGGUUGGAGUUUCAUUGUCAGCUCGCAAAGGUUCUGCCCCUUCGAGGUCGUCGAGGCUACGCACGGAUCUUGUGGACCUUGGGCGCCUCGCCGAAGUCCUUCUCGGGCUUGUUGUAAGACAUCUUGGCUGAUCGGUCUCGGAAAGUUCGAGGUAGAGGGAUUCUUCGAUUGACUGCAAGAGCGUUGCCUUCACGACUCGAACGCGGUGCUCGAC